AUGUCGCGCAGGACGGCAAAAGGAGACUAUAUUGAGACCGACACGGGCAACAAGGUCGCCCGCAAAGCGACGCUCGUCGGCACGCAAAACAUCAUGCUAGGCGGAAAGACCGUAAUCCAACCCGAGGUCAUGAUCCGCGGCGACCUCGCCCGCUCUGCGCAGCCCUCGGCAGGCGGCGCCCCAGCCAACAGCACAGCCGUCGCCAUCGGCCGAUACUGCUUCCUGUCCAGGGGCGCACUCCUCCGGCCCCCAGGACGAAUGUACAAAGGAGCCUUCACGUACAUGCCCCUCCGCAUGGGCGACCACGUCUUCGUCGGGCAAAACGUCGUCAUCCAGGCCGCUUCGAUCGGGAACCACAUCCACAUUGGCCGCGACUGCGUGAUUGGCGAGUUUGCGAUUGUCAAGGACUAUGUUCGUAUACUCGAGGGCACUGUGGUGCCGCCGAAUAUGGUUAUACCGAGCUUCAGCGUCGUCGCGGGCCAGCCUGCGCGCGUGGUGGGCGAGGUGCCUGAAGGCGGGCAUGAGGAGUUCGAGCUCAGGGAGCUGUACAAGACGGUUGGGAAUAACCCGCAGCCCUUGACUGCGUGA